AUGAGGCUCUCAGCAGGGUCGCUUCUUGACCCAAUGGCAAACCUCUACUCGACCUUCGCGCUCCUCCUCCUCCUCGCAUCCUCAGCAUACGCGCAAAGCGACCUUCCAGACCUAAGUACAGCCGAACGACCAGGCGAGGCAAGCACGACCGCGGACGCACCAAGCACGACAACACGAGGCCGCGCAACAACCACAGAAGCCGAAUCCACAGCCGAAUCCACAGCCGAAGCCACAGAGACCGCAGAGCCUACAGAAUCCUCCGACGAAAGCACCGCCACAAGCGACGAGACCACCACCGCCCUCCGUGCCGCACCCGUUACGUCCGCGCCUUCUAUCCCCACAUCCUCCAUCUACCACCUAACCAACGUCCCCACCAUCGCCGGCGCCGGCAUCCCCACAAUGGUCGUCCCCUACACCGCAAACGCGCCCUUCAUGCAGAAAACCACCCUCCCCGAAGGCACCGUCUUCAUCUGCGCAGGCGCAAUACUCGGUUUCCUCGGUGCCUCCAUCCUCGCCUGGCGCGGGUUGGUCGCCUGGUCACUGCAUCGCUCCGUCAAGCGCGCCGCGCUGGGCCAGAACUACCCGACCGACCUCAAGUCCGCCUUCCGCGCGCCCGGCGGCGGCCAAGGCGGGUUCUACAGCGCCGCCGCACAGGGGAGCGCCAUGUCGCUCGACCGGCUCAACAGCGCUGCCGGCGGCGUGGGCAAAGCACAUCGCGGCGCGACCACUCCGUCCCGAGGGAGUCUGUUCUUCAGCCCGACAGCCGACACGGGGAUGCACGGCGCCCUGGACCGCAACUCCGCAUACCUCCCCGCGGGGUUCUACAGCGCCACCGCCGCCUCUCCCGCCGGCGGAGCAGGGACAACGCACAUCGGUGGCAGCCCCAGCACCUCUGUGUACGGCUCAUCCGCACAGGGCUACUCGCGCACGCGGAGCUACGUCGAUGCCACCCCGCCAGCGAGCCCCGGCCUGCAUUCGCACAGGAGCACCAUGCUGUCUGACCGCGGUGGAAGGGGGACGCCGGAUACGUACGCGAGGAGCUCGAUGGUGGGGACGGUGGGCGGCGGGUACAUGGGUGCGCUGGGCCAGUCGGGGAGCUCGAGUACGCUGAACUUGACCGUGCCGGGGGGUACGAGUGCGGCGGGUGGCAGGGCGCCUAGCGCGUAUUUGGAGGAUCUGUUUGAGAGUCAUGGACAGGAGGGUGCGGGGAGGUAUUAG